AUGCCAAGAAACUACAUUAAGAAAAAAGAAUCUCGAAGAAAAACAUAUGCACCUAAUUUGUUGCAAAAUGCCAUUUCGAAAGUUAAAAAUAAAGAAAUGACUUCGUAUGCUGCAUCAAAAGAAUAUGGUGUUCCAAGAAGUACAAUUGCAAGACAUCUUCUAGGCAUAAAAUGCUCAAAAGUUGGUGAAGGGCGACCAAACCGAUUAUCUGCUGAUGCUGAAAAAGAUCUUGUUUCACUUUUAUCUGCAUUUUCUGAUUUUGGAUUUGGAUUAGAUAAAAAACAAUUUAUGAAACUUGUUCAAACGUAUAUUGAAUUAAACGGAUUUCAGAAAAAAUUUGUUAAUGGUGUUGCUGGUGAUCAGUGGUUUUGUAAUUUUUUAAAUCGUUGGCAGAAAGAAAUAUCUAUAAGAACUCCAGAGCUUUUGACAUUAACAAGAGCCUUAGCUUGUAAUAAAACUGUAAUUGAUGCUUGGUUUUUAUUACUUAAAGCAACAUUGGAAAAAUGUGACAUUAUGAAUAGACCUGCCCAAAUACUAAACUGCGAUGAAAGUGGGUUUUGCACUAACCCAAUAAAUAAAAAAAUUAUUUGCAAAAGAGGUAUUAAAAACCCUGUAUCUAUUGCUCCUGGAUCAGGAAAAAAACAGUUUACUGUACUAGCAACAAUAUCAGCUGCAGGAAGAAAUUUUCCUCCAUUUAUUUUAUUUGCUGGGAAGAAUUUGUAUAAAGAGUGGAUGACUGGUGGACCAAAUGGUUCCUUAUAUGGGGUGACAAAAAACGGUUGGAUGGAAACAGAAGUUUUCACUGAAUACUUUAACCAUCUUGUUUUAUGGUUGAAAGACACACCCAAGCCUGUUUUGCUUAUCUUUGAUGGUCACAUUAGUCAUAUUUCUUUAGAAACUGUUAAAAAAGCAGUUGAAAAUCAUAUAACUAUUUUGUGUUUGCCAGCACACUGUUCGCAUUUGCUUCAGCCACUUGAUGUAGGAGUCUUUCGCCAAGUUAAACAUGUAUGGCGUGAAAUUCUGGCCAAUUGGUAUACCGAGUCAAGGCUGAAGGUGGUUGGGAAAUCUGUUUUUCCAUCUUUAUUAAAAAAACUUUAUGAUACCUCCUUUAAGCCAGCUCAUUUAGUACAAUCCUUUGCCAAAACUGGAAUUUUUCCCUUUGAUCCAUCUGCUAUAGCAUCUGACAAGUUAAAUCCUUCUGAAAUCUAUGAACACCCUUUUUCUCAGAAAACAAAUAACUAUAAUAAUAACGUCCCUCAAAACAUCGUUUUAGACACCAAUGUCAAUGAUCAGAACGAUACUUGUGAAAAAUUUUCUAUUGAAUCAACAAAUAAAUACAAUUCACAAAAAACUAUAAUAUCAGUAGGAAAAGACUUAAACAAUGAAAAAAUAAAUCAACUAUCAAUAUCAAAUGUAGAUUGUUCUACUGGAAAUAAAAUCAUUAGAGAAAUAGUGAAAGAACAGUUAAUGGCCACAAAGGGUGAUGGUCGUUCAUACAACAAACGACCUACAAAAAAAAUAAAAAGACACUAUGGAGAAACUGAGCUAAAUAAAAUUAAUAAAUUUAUUGAUGUCAAUGAUGAAAUAGUGACAUCAAAAUUUGAAAUAGUUAAAGAGAAAACAAAGAAAGUUAGCAAUCAAGUUAAAGAUAGGAGCAAUGUGAACAAAAUAAACAACAAGUUAACGGAGAUAGAAGACAGGUCUAGAAGAAAUAAUUUAAGAAUAAAUGGAAUAAAAUAA